CGCCCAGAAAUGACGCCACAAAAUAAAUAAAUAAAUAAAAGUGCGGGAGGUGCGAAAGAGCACCGGGCAAGCGCAGUUCCCCUGUUCGACUGUAAAGGCGGUUCUUCUUUUGAAGGUAUGAGCGGCGGAGGGAUCGAGACCCCUCUGGGAGGCGAGGCCGCCCCGACCCCCGCCGUAGUCCCGGUGGGAGGCAGGAAACGGGACCCGCAGGGACCUGCUAGCUCUCCAGUUCACCUCAUUAUCAAGGAUCUGGGAGAGAUUCAUUCUAGACUGUUAGAUCAUCGACCAAUUAUUCAAGGAGAAACACGUUUCUUUGUGAAAGAAUUUGAAGAGAAACGGGGCCUUCGAGAAGUGAGAGUUCUUGAGAAUUUGAAGAAUGUGAUCCAGGAGACAAAUGAACAGAUCCUUCCUAAAUGUAGAGAUACAAUGCAUGACCACUUGAGUCAGGCUCUCCAGAAAUUGCAAGCAGCUACCCAUUUAGUCCAUAAACUUCAACAGAAGGAGCAGGAACAAAGAAAGCUUCAUAAUCACCACUUGUUGAUUAGUGAAAAACAACGCAUAACCCAAUGGGAAGAUUUCAUGAAAGAGCAACACAGCAAACAGUCUGCAGUGGAUGAAGAGCACAAAAAAGCCACAGAACGCCUUAAAGAACAAUAUGCUGAGAUGGAGAAAGAUCUAGCAAAAUUUUCAUCUUUUUAAGAGCUUGAAUAACAAAAAGAAUACAAAAACUUUUCUUUCCACUGUGCCAAAAACAACAACAACAACAAACCAAAUCACCAUACUUAUUUGUCCUCUGUUACAAACUUAGCAAUAUGUUUUGGUGGUAAUGUUAUUUCGAAAACUGAUAAUAAAGAUAAAAACCUUUGCUAGAGAUCAGAUUUAAUGUUCAUAAUAAAAGGAAAAUAGUCCCAUAUGCCUCUAACUUUAAGUGCCUCUGUACAACUAUUUAGGUGGGGAAGUAGUAGGAAGAAUGGUAUAAAUUGAUUCUUAGACCCUCAGAAAUUACAGUCUAUCCAUGGUCACUGAAAAGAUAAGAAAAUGACAAAUGUAGCAGAAUUCUCAGGCUGUGAAAGAUAAUCUAAUUCAUUCUCAUAUAUGAGUUAGUAUUAGAUUAUUAUACUUGUUUAGACAAUGUAUUCAACUAAUUGCCAGUCAGCCGCAGACUAUAAGAGGGGAAUACAUAUUGUUCUUAUGUAAAUAAUGUUCGCAAACUACUAUAUUUGAAAAAGAGCUUGUAUUAAAGAAUUGAAAAUCAAAAUAAUUUCAGCAACAGUGAUGUCUCAGUAGGACAAUAAACUGCCUAUUUUAGGGUAUUAGUGUAAACUGCAGUCAUAGCAUGACCACAUAUUCUAGGGGACUAAGACAGCAAGAUUAUCUCUUACAAAGACCAGUGGCCUUUUACAAUGUAAAAUUUUGAACUUUCAAAAUUUAAGGAAGAGCUUACCAAAAAAUCUGGUUAUGCUUUUUACCCUUUUCAAGAAUCAUGGUCUUACCCAUAGCAUUUACCUCAUUAUAUGUCUGUUUUGCAGGGAAAUCAGCUUUUUAGGUUAAAUACUAUCUGCACAUUUUACAGCUCUUUAAGUAAUUAGUGCAUCUGGGACUGUAUGUAUAUUCUGGCUUUUGAAGAACCAGAAGUGUUGGGCUUCAUGGCUAAAAAGGCCAUCUUAGAUAUCAAGAUGUUUUUAGCAAUAAUGUGUAUUCCCAUUAGCAAAUAUAUUAUGAUAUAAAAUGUACAAAUGCUGUCAUCACUGUGAUCCUUAAAAUAUGCAUUUAACAAUUUUUCCUGGAGAAUGUAAGUUAUAUUUCUUUAUUUAAUCCAAGUAAAUUAAGAAGAAAUCAAAUGCAAUAAUAAUAACAGAAGGAUAUAUGUUGCUAGUGAAUGCUAAAGCAUGGAUAAAUAUCUCAAAUAAUAUUUAUAACUGCUAUUCAGUGAAGAAGGGAACCAGAAAAAAAAAAUUCCAACUCUCUUGUUAUCUCAGUGUUGUGACUACAUAAAAUCGACAAUGGUUGCCUGUGUAAAUUUAUGGCUUGGUGUCAAAGCUCCAUUCUUGGCAGCAUGUUGAAAAUGUGAUUAAAGUUAGUAGAGGAGACAGAAUAAGUAUUUGAGAUUUCUUUCAAUAACACUGAACUUCAGCCAACUUUCUCUGUCCGCUACCGUAAGCCUGACAGGUUCAUCAAUCAUCCUGUGGUACAUAGAGUAAAAAGAGUCCUUGCCGACAGUAAGGCAUGUUGGAAUUUUGUUAAUUCUCUUUAGUGGAUGGGGGGAAAAAAAACAUAGCUCUAAAAUAUCCCACACAUGAGAAGUAAGGAAAACCUUAAAUAAAAAUCCCUUUUUGAAUGGAAGGUGGUUUCUGGAAUGUCUUUACAUGUUAGUACAUCCAAUGGUGAAUGGAUGCUGUAACUAAGAAAUUGGGUCUGUGUGCUUCAUCAAGAAUAUACUAAAAAAUAUAAUCGGCUGACUAGAGUCCAAUAUUUCUGUUAGCUUAUGUUCAAGCUCAGUUGAAAUGAACUUACUUUACCUUACACAAAUUCCAGAAGAACUUCUAAUCUAAAAUCAUAUGACAAGAAUUUUUAACAUUCAGGAUUAAAAACACAAAAUAUAUUCUUUGUAACAACACCUGGUCACAUCUCAUUUUCAUUAGUGUUCAUUGAUGAAUGAUGACUUCCUAGUAGUAGACGCUAUCCCUUCUAUUGUCCAGAAUGACCAAAUCUUUUUUGGACCAUACUAUAGACAACAAGACAAUAAAAACAAAAAGUUCCAGUAAUUUAUCUCAGAUUUGGCAAAAAGGGAGAAAAAAGGCAAGUUAUAUGCAAAAGCAAAAUUUUUGAUGUAUUUUUUUGUGGUAAACAAAGUGAUUUAAUAAAAACUACUAAAGGACUACCUUUGCAAUCUAAAAACAUAACUAUGCUAUACUACUAUAUCCACACAUAUCUCAUAGACUUCAGCUAAUAGUAAUUCCUUCAUGUCAUUGAUAAUGCCUUAUAUAUUAUAUAAGACUGUUUUUGGUUUUAUUACUAUUUGUAAGCAGGUGGUAAGGAAGUGGAACAUGGGCAGCAUUGUAUCCUUCUGCUCAUAUCCUUUACAAUUUUUGACCCUUUCUAGGUUCUUUGGGUUAUCAUUGUGUUUGUGGUAUUAUCACUUCCAAGUAAUAUGAAUCAUAGUAUCAUAGAUUUAAAACUAGAACAGACCUUAAAGAUGAUUAUCAAGUACAACUGCUUCAUUUUGUAGAGGAGGAAACUGAGGCCAGAAAGACUAAGUGACUUACAUGUCACUUAGCACUUAGUACUUAAUUGGCAGAGGUGGGGUUUCAUAUAAUUUUCAUCAUAUCAGUAUACAGACUGAAGUGCUGUAGAACCCUUAGGUACCUAAAUACCAAAAAGAAUUUUUCUCUUUGCUUUCAAAAGGACACUAAUUUUGCAUGUAAGAAAGCCUCCAUCUACUCAUUGAAGCAUUUUAAAUGUUGGAGCUUGUGCCAUUAAUAUAGCUGUAGACAUUUAGGGCUAGGGCUAUAUAUUUUUGUCUCAAGAAGGAAGGUAGCAAGUAAAAUAUUUUUAAAUAUUUUCCAUCAAAAACUUGGAGGCCAUUUAUCUAAUGCUUUGCUGAGUUUCUCAGAAAAACAAGCAUCUCAUAAUUUUCAAUAGCAUUAUAUGAAUUGAAGCAUGUAGCAAGUAUUAUGCCCACUAUAAAAAUGUUAUUUAAUUACUGAAUAGUUGUAACCCGAUGUUAUAUAUGUGUCAUUGGUGAAUUGGGAAAUAGAACCUAGAUUUGUUAAUAUACUGUGCUUUAUAUGUAAUCCUCUUCUUCCUCCACAAUUACUAGACCAUGCUAUUUUUGAAUGGCAUAACUAACAACAUCAAAACUAUAUAGGUUUUUGCAUAGAUUAAAAUGUUUACUUCUCUUCAUAAAAGAAGAUCCUGUAAAACUAUUCCAAAGACAUCAAAUAUUAAAUGUGUUCCAUAAACAAAGGGAAAAUGCAUGUAGAUUUUUGUAAGAGGAUGCAUUUCUAUUAAAAAAAAAUAAGUCUUGUUCUCAGCUUAUAUGCAAAACUGUUUUAUCAUCCCACCCCAGUCCUGCCAAAACUGGAUUUUAGGUUUUGAAAGAAUAGGAAAGGCCUCUUCCUUAUUGUGCUGUUCAUGUUUUACUGUCCAAAAGAAGAUUCAGAAAAAAUAAGCCGGACCAUAGAAAAAGGCCUGUUCAUCUUGAAAACACAUUUAGCUAAUGUGCAUUUAUCUUGAUUUUAAACUGGUAUUUUCCACUCAGCUUUUGGAAAAAGAUUUUACAGAAAGACUCAUGCAUUGGAUGUUCAAUAAAUGUUUUGGAUGAUGAUGAAAGAAAAAUAAUCAUUAGUAAGUCGCAGACCUAUUGAUAAAAGCAAAUUAUUUCCAACUUGGUUUAUCUCUAAAGAUAGGGUAAAAGCACAAUGGUUUAGGUCAUAAACUUUAGCAUAUUAAGGUGAGUAUAUAAAAAAUGAAACCUCGCAUUUGGUUCUUUUUUUGCAGAAAAAGGAAAAUGCUUAGGAAAGAGGGAGAUAUUGUCCACUGACUUAGUAAGUCAUGAAGAAACCACCAGUAUUGUGUAGUUCUCAAAUAAUACUUCACAUUUCUCAAAUUCUGAGUGAAAAUUAGAGAAAAUUUUAUCAAAGCAGAAGAUUCUUUUUUAGUUACCUAAUUUUUUUCAUUUACAGAAGCUUUCUCAGACUACACACAUAGAGAAAGGUGGUGUCUGAAAUUCAGCCAUUCAGUUAUUAAAAAUAAUAAAAUAAUACAUUUUAAAUGUGGAAAAUAGUAUGGGGUACAUGUUUUUUGCCAUCUCUCCUCAAAAUAAGUGAGCAUGUUUGCUGUUAAGUUUUCCAGGAAAAUUUCACCUUUAAAUUGAGACCAAGCUUGGAAAAUUUCGGCCCUCAAGGCAGAUGUUUCCAACAGUUGUGAUAGGUGUGACUUCUGAGAGAGUUUCAUAUGAGGCAUUAACUAUAUGGUAUAUUGUGUUGAAAAUGCCAAGAUGACAAAAUUUUCAGUCAUGGUAAUCUAUUCUUGUUUAUUUUUAUGGCAUUAGCUGUACUUGUUAAGAUUGCAGUAGUGCAAAGAAAAACAUAAAUCCUCUCUUCUUAGAUUCAAUACAGUUAUUUUCCUUUAAAAUAACAGAUAAAGAGUUAAAAUAUUCAAAUUAUCAUUUCAGUUCCUAACAUUAAAUAUAAAGUUAGCUAUUUUUCAGGGUUGUGUUGUUAAAAUACUUUUUUCAAGAAGUACCUCCAUAAGAAUUCUGCCACAAAAGAGAGAAAAAGUUUCCUCUGUUAUCUACUGUAUGUUCUAUCAAGAAAUUAUUUGCAAAUGUUUUUAAGGGUUAAAGUUUUGUUUUUAACUUGAAAUUUGAAAUUUGCAGCUAAAACCCAGCAGGUGUCACUGUGUUGACAAAAAUUUUCCCUAUCUAGUAUGUCUGUGACUACACAGUGGAAAUGUUAGGAAAUAUAUGAUUUUGCCAGAUUUCAAAAUGAGUUAAAAUACCAUUCUCUGGACAAGAAAAAGAUAAAAACCUGGAAUGUACUAUAUAUAUUUUUUGAAGUUGUUUAGUAAUUUCAUUUAAAGUUGUCCUUUUUCCCCCAGGAACUUAAAUAUGUACAAACAUUUUCUACCAGGAUAUACAGCAUGAAAAAAGUUUAUAAACUUAUGUUAUUGUACUUUCUGUAAUAGUUCUAGAUAUAGUUUUAAAUCUAUUUAAUGUCACAUGCCCAUAUAUAACCAUGUUAAACUCUUUACUAAUUUCAUAUUUUAAUUCAACUUACAUUAAUAACUAUAUUGACAGCAUAGCAUAGUAGAUAGAAUAUUGAGUUUGAAUCAGGAAGCCCUGAAUGAAAUCCUACCUUGGGUAAAUGACUUUAGACAAAUCAUGUAACCCCUGUGUGUCUCAUGAACUUUCCAAAUACUUCUUAGACACAUUAAAAAAGGGAAAAAAACCUUGUAAGACAAUUAAAGAAGUUUAUUCUAUUCAGGAA